AUGGCGGAGAGUUGAUUCUGUUCUGCUUUCUGUUGGACGAACCUAUCUGUUUAUCAACUGGCUAUAUUUUUCCCAACGAAGACGAGGACAGUAAUUUUUUAUUCUUUUUCAUAUUCAAACCAUAGCAGUAACAAUGGCUGAUGAAGUUUCAAGGCCAAUGAGAUUUCCCUACACUUAUACAGCCAAAAUCGCACAGUUCCCAUAUAAAUUUUACUUCAAACAUAGCUGGGGUUUCAAAUACUGGGUAAUAGCUUCAGUGUUAUGUCUUCCCGUAUUUUACAAAUUACAGAAGAUGUCAUACUCUCCCGAAAACGUCAAGAAUUGGGACGAAAUUCACAGAAAAGAAUUUUACGGUGGAGAUCAUCAUUAGUUGCGUUGUGUUGAAUACUAGUAUGAUUCAACUGUCAAGUUGAAAUAAUCUUAAAUGAAAUGUCAUUAUGAAAUAAAAUAAUAAAUCAGCUGUAAUUGGCAAACAUCAGAAAAUAAAUAAACGUUUGAUUUUAAA